UCCGCUGCAGCCUUCCCGCGCCCUUGUGAUGCUGGUAGAUGAAGGGUUAAAUUCUGCAGUUAUUUGCCUUGUGGGGCAAUUUUCCGGUUUUUGAGGCCGGUAGAGUAUAGUUAUUGUAUUGGUUGAAAUUAAGACGUCCCUCUUUUGGCUUCGCAAAACGUGUGAAAACGUCGCAUGACUUGUGUAGGUUUUAUCAAGGCAUAUGAUUGCACACAUGCACCGGCGAUGGGACACGCAAUGAAUUAUGCAUAGGCGCUCAAAUUGUGCUCACUCAGCGGACAGAAAUGUCAGAUCCCAGUUUAUGAUGCUGAUUAUGAUAUGAUUCCGUAGAAUAUUUAUUUAGACUGUGGUCAACAGCUUAUAUUGACUUUAUGAAUGUCGAUUAAAAAAUCCUCAGUAAAUGGGAAAGAAACGAUUCUUGAUUUUUGUGGAUGUUGAUUUUUGCUUAAUGCUUAAUGGUUUUCCGUAAUAAACCUUGUAGGCCUAAUGUAUGAGCUAAUUGUCUCACGCCGUCGAAUCCCGGAGGAAUUUGUGGGGGUGUCAAAUAUGUCCUGGCGGGGGAGAUUUGAGAUGUUAGGCUACUCAAUGAGCUCGGUGAAGAUGGACGCCAUUAUCAGACUCCUGGUGCUCACUGGGCUGGUCCAUGCAGCUUACCUUGCGCCAUUACCAGCCAAAGAAGAGUCGGUCAUAUUUUUUGGGGAGGACUUCCACAUCCUCCUCCCCCCGGGUGCGCCUGACGUGGUGUUCCACCCGACGGUGGGGGCGGCACGUGGGGAGCUAGUCCUGAUGAAGGCCGGCGUGGUGCAGGGCCCGCGGGCCAAGCUCAACCACCAGCUCAGCCACUUCAUCCUGGAGAACGUGGGCGAGACCGAUGAGGGGCUCUACACCGUCACGUCCCAGGACCCAGACGACAACAGCACCAUGACUAAGUCCUUCACACUCACCGUGAGAGACUGCUCUAAUGAGCAUAGUGUGAAGUUCGGAGAGAACUUCGACAUCCAGCUCGCUGGUGUCACCGGCCCCAUCUCACUCGAGUUCCGGCCCAUCGACGUCGAAGCGAACCAGACAUCCCGCCCAGCUCUGAGUCUCAUAAACCAAGACGGCUACGAGAACCGCCUCGUGGUCUCUGAGAGCAAGGUGACUCUUAAGUCGGUCAGCAGUUCUGACGAGGGCUCCUACACCAUUGUGGACGGCAGUGGGAAAGUUCAGAAGAAGGUGUGCCUGAACGUUAAAGAGCUUCAGAACUUUUAUGUUGUACCUUACGGGGGCACUUUCAAGUUCAACCUGGUCCAGAACAGCUCCCUGGUGCGCCUGGUCUACAAGCCCAACUACGACCACAGGGCCCGGGUCAUCUUGGAGAAGGGCGAGUUGAUGAUUCCGGAGGAGCUGGACCUGCAGGACCGCUUCUUUGUGGACGGCAACCUGUGCGUGCUGGAAGGGGUCAAUAGCCGCGACGCUGGAGAGUUCCACGUAGUUGACCUGAGCGGCUCCCCCAUCGCCAAACACUACUUGGAAGUGGAAGCCUUUAAGCUUCGGCCGCUGUUAGUCACCAUCAUUGCCCUGGUAUCCCUGGUGGUGUUGAUGUUGCUUGUGUGUCUGCUUGCCUGUCUCGUGAAGAUACGCAAGCGGGCAGAGAAGUCCCGGGCCAUUGAGAAGAUCGCCAAGAAUGCAGGGCAAGAUGAGGGUGAAGCCUUCCGACAGGUGGUCAAAGAUGCCUGCAAACAGGUUGACGAUACAACUGUUCAGUCCCUGAAGGAGGACAUCACGGAGAAGUCCCAGAGCACAGAGGUUAGCAUUAAGGGUUUGGAGGUGUCCUCAAAAGAGGUCACUGCCUUUGAUAAGAACCUUGAGACCAGCGACUCCGGGGUUGGCUUCAACACCACUGCCCUUCCUCUGGACAGCGACACGGAGGCCCCGACUGCCCCCCUCCACGACGAUGUCCUGAGCACCUCAGUGGCAUCUGAAGCGAAGCCGGCCCCAACCUUAACACCGGAGCCCAAACCAGCUCCCCCACCGACACCUGAACCUAAAGCGUCUCCACCGCCCCAGCCCAAGCCAGCUCCUCCCCCAACACCGGAGCCCAAAGCCUCCCCACCCCCUGAGCCCAAACCAGCCUUAACACCAACCCCCGACCCCAAACCGGCUCUAACUCCCGAACCGAAGUCGCCAGCCCCUAAGUCUCCUGCUCCUAAGUCUCCUGCUCCUGAGCCAAAGGCAGCUGCGCCUGAGGUGAAGCCGGCCUCUACUCCACCUCCGGAACCCAAGGCAGCCAUGACACCUCCUCCUGAGGCCAAACCAGCUGUUUCUCCAACCCCACCCAAGUCCCCAGCCCCUGAGCCCAAGCCGAGUCCCACCGCAGCCAAGGCUGCCGAUGAGAAACCAGCUGCUGCUCCACCUGCUGAUGCCAAACCUCCCGCGUCCCCGUCUCCCGACCACAAGCCAGCGACACCGGAGGCCAAGCCUCCUGCGAGCCCUGAGCCCAAGGCCACGCUCAAACCGGCCCCUGAGGCCAAGCCUGCCGUGAGCCCGGUCCUGGAGCCCAAAGCGCCCACCCCAGACCCUAAACCAGCGCUGAGCCCAACACCGGACCCCAAGCCAGCCGUGUCCCCGGCCGCAGAGCCCACCACCAACGGCACGCCUGAGCCAAAAGCAGACAGCGGAUCCGAAUCCCCCAAAACUGCCCCGCCCAAGAGCCCCGAGACGGGGAUGAGUCUGAAGGCUCCCCCUCCUGCAGACGUGAGCUCCGGCGGAGCUGUGGAAGCGAUGACCAACGACAGCGCACCGCCUGCCACGGAGGAGGCCGCCACUACCUGAGCAGAAACCAGCCUCCACUCUCUCCCCCCGAGGAACGCUAUCUGGUCCUGAAUACCCAUUUAUGACUUCAGACAAUCCAAACACUCUACUAAACGACAACUCCAUCACAUGCUUCUGGGGAAGGGACUUUUGAACACAUGUAAACACUUUUGUGCUUAACCAACGUAGCUCAUAUGUCACCUAAUACUCACUCAAAGGGAAAAUAUUACUUCAUCUCCCAGUACUUAUGCAUCAAGUUACACGAAGACUGACACCAUACUGACCAUCUUUAUGUUUCAUUGACGUUGGUAGUAGAUGGCUACAACAGUUAUCUGCCAGCCCAUAUAAAUGUAAAAAACCCAUAACUUUGGGAAGAGCCUGUAUGCAUGCACAUAACUGAAAUUUUUGCGCCACUGCUCAUUGGAACUGGGGCACAGGACAUCACUGAUGUAAAGAAAUGCAGCACAGAGCUUCCCCUUCAUAUGUGGGACAGGAAUGAUUCAUUUAGCUCCUUCACUCAUUGACCCAUUAACACAAGUUAAUGACACCGAUAAUGGUCUCAAUGGCUCACUGACCGUGAGAAUGGAAACAGAUUCAUCAUCUCCAUAAGGCCAGGACACCUGCCGCAACCACACCCAAGAACCACAAGUGGACUUCAGAAAACAGGGGCAACGCAUGGCUGUUCGAGUUUAUAGCAUCUGCAUGACCGGAAAACCCCUUAUCAGGACCACUCUGUGUCUUAUCAUCCUCUCUGGCUGGACUGCCAACAGACUGAACUAACAACUGGAACAUUCCAUGUGAAUCUGAGAUCCUGCUGGUCAUUCCGCAUGGAGACCACACCCUCUCAAGAUGCAUCUGAAGCACCCAAAGAUGAGAGAGCCUCAACCUUUCCUCUCAGCUUUGAGAUUUACUCCACAUGGCCUUUUGAGUUUCUGCUGUACAUCUCGUAGCUGUGUUCUAGUUCCUACCAGCAACCGUAUAGAUUGGAUCCUUUUUUUGCCAACCCCCCUGGCCCUUGCCCUCAUAUAUUGCAUGCAUAGAAAUCCACAGUACUCUAAGAGUGAAGACCAGCAGUUUCCUAGAGAAUUCAAAGAAAAGCCUUCUUUCUUAUUGCCAAUCCCCAAAAUGCGGUGAGUAAAGAAAUGUAUUAGUAUAUUAAAGGGCCCAGGUCAAGACUAAAAGAUAGCAUUGUAUGUUACAUCCAAGGAAUAGUAUUCUCUCAUACUCACAGUCAUGUUUGAUCAGAUUCAGAUCAUAAAGAUUGUUAAAGAAUGUUUUAUCAUUAAUGACUGAAAUCAAUGCCUGCUAUAUUUGCAUAGUCAUUUGGAAUCCCUGGCACCUAGUCUAUUGUAUGUUGUUGCCUAUAGCCUGAAAGGAAUUCUAUAAAGAGUUUACACAUGGUGUUAAUGUUACAGUAACAGUAUUCUAAAUGUAAUUAAUUGUUCUUGAAUCUUCUUGAUGUAAAGUUCCGUGUGAAAAUCCACUGCUAUGGAUGGUUCAGCUGAAUGAAAUGUGAAUCUCUCAUGACUUGUUCUGGUUACUGAUUGCUGAGGAAUUCACCUGGAACCAGUCAUGAUGGUAGACCGGAUCCUGGUGAUGUGGCUGACCUCCUUCUAAGAAGCAUUGAGGCUCUAGUGGAAGCCUACAGGAGUGAAGCCUCUAAUGCACGUUUCAAACAGAGAUCAAUUGAGUCCAGCUAAUUAUCUGUGCAGAGAACAAAAAGGCAUUUCAAAGGGGUUUGCAGAAAAGCACAAAAUUAAAGAUGCUGUCAAUCAAUUACGAUCAUCAGAGAGCCCCAAAAACAAGGCUGCAGCUCUAUUCUGUGAAUUUGUGAACUGCCUACUUUUUACCUUUUUACUCACACUUGCCAGUUUUAAUAUGAAUAUCCAAAAUUCAAAUCAAUUGAAAGUCAAAGCCAUAAAGCAUCUCUAAACAACAUACAUUAUAAUGUAGAUAAAAUGUUUAAAAGACACAGUGUUUAUACCUGCCUAUUGCAGGUUUUUCAUCAUCACUGGAAUGUACAUGAGAUGUAAUGUAGACAGAUUAUGUAAGGAAAUAUCACAUUUACGAAAGGUAGUGUAGGCAUAGGCAAAUCUGAGAAAAAUAUCUUAUUAUUAUACGAGAGAGAGAGAGAGAGAGAGAGAGAGAGAGAGAGAGAGAGAGAGAGAGAGAAAGAGAGCUAGAGAGAAAGAGAGAGCUAGAGAGAGAACCAGUCAGCCCAUGGUGUCUGUGCCCUGGGACAUAGUCAGUGAAUAGAAAAAAUCAGUGUUAUUGUUUCCCAUUAAGCAAUACAAAAUGCAGUGAUUGUAUAGACCCAAACAAACACACACACACA